AUGAUACCGCCAUGCGACCCCGCUAUUUUGACAAAUAAUCCGCAUUUCAAACGCCUUUACCAGCAACUAACUACCUCUCAGCUUAACCCAGAUGGCUCAACACGCGCCAUCGAUGCACAGCCAGCAAGGAAAGGGACUUUAAGUGAAUUGAGGAACUGUCAAGUGCGAAACGCGAAGAAACAGAUCAAAAAGCAGACACUGCGCCAACUGGCGCUUGACCCAGACAACGAAUUACCAGAUGAUUGCCGCGAUCCUCUAGCUAUCGUCAGCCUUUACCUCGAGUCUUCUCCAGGCCACCUCGACCUAAUCCACGACUCUCGCGACGGAGCAGAUGUAGAUACACUCCUGGCACCGGAUAUCGAGCAAUUUCACUCAAAAUUACCUAUCAUUGUGCCGUAUCUGUCACGGAUCCUUUCCUCAACUGUGCACGACCUUCGAUCACUUGCGAAUGCGGGCGAUAGAGCCGCCCUGUCGAAUACAUCAGCAGAAAGUUCUCGGUCUCAGAUUCAAGCUCGAAGCCGGGCAAAAGCUGCGCGACAGACCCCCCUGUCAUCCCAGCUUAAUGAACGAGUACAGGCUUUGCGCCAUAUCCAAUUAUCAGAGCUCGCCACGGCUCGGACGAAAAUGGCAGCUACGGCAGCGGAGGUCCUCGCCAUGCGGGCAGUGAUACUGGAACGAACUGUGACUCUCCUGGAGCGUACGAAACAUGGCGCACUGGCGCGUGCGACGAAGGCAAAGGCGGAACACCUCAAUACCGUGGCGCAUGGAGUCGAGGGCAAAUUGAGGGUGAUGAGAUUGGAUAUUUUGUCUACUAUCCACACGCCCGAAGUCAAUGCUGCUCUUUCACGCUACCAUAAGCAUCUCUGCGAUACACGCGCAGCGCUGGAGGAGAGAAGGGACCUUGUUCUCCGAGAGCUCAAAGAAUAUGAGGAUGUGGAUUCGAACGUCAGUAGGGGCCCUGCAAGAUCUGGACCUAUUGCGGAAAUUGCUCUGCGAUAUGGGACUUUGAUCAGAGAAAUAGAGGAUGUUCGAUCAGAGAUACAGCGACUACGCAGGUAA